CUCGGUCUCUGGUGUGCGCGGAGUAAAGUCUCUUCAGUGUCUCUACCAGCUGGGACACACAACCAUCGCACAGACAGCGCCCCUCACCCCCGGGAACACCAGAGCCAAAAUGAUUUUGGAAUUUUGCCUGCUAUGAAACCCGGGAUGGGAUGAUCACUCCCCUCGUCCCCACUCACCUGCUUCUCGGAGUUAUGUCCAUUUCCCUUUUGCUUCUGGCUCCUGAAGACAUCUGCGAAGAGACCCGAUCCCCAGGCUCACCGAGAGAGGAGACAGGGUAAAGUGGAUGAUAGCUUGGAGGUGUAUUCUUUAGAGUCUCUGCUGUGUCCUGAGGGAUAGGGAUGGAUGGGUGCAAAACAGCCGAUUUAGUCCCCACUACGCCUCCGGGGUCCUUCUGGGACGUCGCACGGUGGGUGACUGGGACUCUGGGAGGAAGGGACUUGCAGCGAGCAAAACUUUCCGUCCUCCAGCGGCGACUGGACGAAAGAACCUUUGCUACUUCCCUGGGUCGAGCCAGUCUCGGGGUGGCUGGCUGGACAGGGCGGCGGGGCGCAGCAUCCUGGCGCGAGGCGACCCUGCCCGGCUGAACCCGCGGCGCACUCAGGCUCUGCUCUCAGCCAGCCUCACUCUCCGCUCUCGCAGCCCCGCGCACUCGGCGCCUCUCUGGCGCCCCCAGCGGCUUCACGCAGCACAGCAGGGCCGGGCAGGGCCGAGCGCGCCCCGCCUCCCGCCUCCUCCGCCGCCCUCCUCCCCCUCUCAGAACACUCAAUGUCGGAACGUUCCGAAGAUGACGUCGGAGCGUUCUCGAAUCCCGUGUCUCUCGGCUGCUGCUGCCGAAGGAACAGGGAAAAAGCAACAAGAAGGAACAGCAAUGGCGACACUGCACCGCAAAGUGCCCAGUCCGGAGGCGUUUCUGGGCAAACCCUGGUCCUCCUGGAUCGACGCCGCCAAAUUACACUGCUCCGACAAUGUAGAUUUAGAAGAGGCUGGAAAAGAGGGUGGCAAAAGCAGGGAGGUUAUGAGGCUUAAUAAAGAAGAUAUGCACCUAUUUGGCCACUAUCCAGCACAUGAUGACUUCUAUCUGGUGGUGUGCAGUGCCUGCAAUCAGGUCGUCAAGCCGCAGGUCUUCCAGUCGCACUGCGAGAGAAGACACAGUUCAAUGUGCAGGCCUUGUCCCUCUCCAGCGUCUCCAGCCUCCAAUUCCCGGACAUCAGUAGCACAGGCAAAGCCGAAAGCCUGUCUCAGCGGCCAUAGCGCUGUCAGCAGCACCUCAAAGCCAUUUAAAACGCCCAAAGACAAUCUCCUUACCUCCAGCAGCACACAGCACACAGUCUUCUCCACAAAGGGACCAAGGGAUAAACCAUGCGUUCCAGUUCCCGUAGUCAGUUUAGAGAAAAUUCCUAACCUAGUGAAGGCAGAUGGUGCCAAUGUCAAAAUGAACUCUACAACCACUACGGCAGCCUCUUCCUCCUCCUCUGCCGUCUCCACCCCACCUUUAAUUAAGCCCACCUUGAUGUCCAAGGCAGUGCCACCUUCACCAGAGAAGAUUUUAAAUGGCAAGGGGAUUCUGUCAGCCACCAUAGACAAGAAGCACCCAAAUGGCACCAAAAACAGCAACAAGCCUUACCGGAGACUUUCAGAGAGAGAAUUUGACCCAAAUAAACACUGUGGAGUAUUGGAUCCCGAGACAAAGAAACCUUGCACAAGAUCCCUCACCUGCAAGACACACUCGCUGAGCCAUCGGAGAGCAGUCCCAGGCCGGAAAAAGCAAUUUGACCUCCUCCUGGCGGAGCACAAAGCCAAGUCGCGGGAGAAAGAAGUGAAAGAGCAUCUUCUGACUUCCGCUAGGGAGAUACCUCCCAACCCGCCUGGACCCUCGCCUGAUGCUCCGCAAGGAUCUUCCGGGGGCACGGUGGCAGAGCCGAAAGUAGCAUCCCCACCUAAAUCCAGGCCACUCAACUCUGUACUUCCCAGACCAUCAUCUGCAAAUAGCAUAAGCAGCAGUACAUCUUCAAACCACAGCGGCUACACUCCAGAACCCCCUCUACCCCCAGCUGGAGGCGACCUUGCCAGCCGACUGUCCAGUGAUGAAGGGGAGAUGGACGGACCCGAUGAAUCCGAGAAGUUAGACUGUCAGUUCUCCACGCACCACCCCAGACCUCUUGCGUUCUGCUCAUUUGGGAGUCGCCUCAUGGGACGAGGAUACUAUGUGUUUGAUAGAAGAUGGGAUCGAUUUCGCUUCGCACUGAACUCCAUGGUAGAAAAACACUUGAAUUCACAGAUGUGGAAGAAGAUCCCUCCUGCGGCAGAUAGCCCCAUGCCCUCGCCAGCAGCCCACAUCACCACCCCCGUUCCAGCAUCCGUUUUGCAGCCUUUCAGCAACCCCAGUGCUGUGUAUCUUCCUUCAGCUCCCAUCAGCUCGAGACUCACCUCUUCUUACAUAAUGACAUCCGCCAUGCUCUCAGACGCAGCUUUUGUGGCAUCGCCGGACCCACGCGUCCUCAUGUCCCACACCACAGCUUUCCCCCAUGUGGCUGCAACCCUCAGCAUCAUGGACUCAACCUUCAAGGCCCCAUCCGCCGUGUCCCCGAUACCAGCUGUCAUUCCUUCCCCAUCCCACAAGCCAUCCAAAACCAAAACCAGCAAAUCCUCAAAAGUGAAAGACCUGUCCGCUCGUAGCGAUGAAUCUCCAAGUAACAAAAAGAGGAAGCCGCAGUCCUCGACUUCCUCCUCCUCCUUAUCCUUGCAGGCUUCCCUCUCGUCUCCAUUGUCAGGGCCCCACAAAAAGAACUGCGUUCUGAAUGCCAGUUCCGCUUUGAACUCCUAUCAGGCAGCCCCUCCCUAUAACAGUCUGUCUCUGCACAACUCAAAUAAUGGGGUAAGCCCACUCAGUGCCAAGCUGGAGCCCUCAGGACGGACCUCACUGCCCAGCAGCCCCAUGGACAUAGUGAGACAGGUGGGCGCUGUGGGUGGCAGCAGUGGCUCCUGUCCCCUCUCCGUGCCCUCCCUUGCACUCCAUGCAGGGGACCUCUCUCUGGCCUCACACAAUGCUGUGUCUUCUCUGCCCCUCUCUUUUGACAAAUCAGAAGGAAAAAAGCGUAAGAAUUCAAGUCCCAGUAGCAAAGCCUGUAAGAUCACUAAAAUGCCUGGUAUGAAUAGCGUUCACAAAAAGAACCCACCCAGCCUUCUUGCUCCGGUGCCCGAUCCCGUUAACAGCACCUCCUCUCGGCAGGUUGGAAAAAAUAGCAGCCUAACUUUGUCACAAUCCAGUCCUUCAAGUAUAUCCAGCCCAGGACACAGCCGACAGAAGAACACAAGCAGAAUGGGAAGGAUAAGGACUCUUCCCUAACAAGAUGGUGAUGCCACUUCAAACCAGUCUGCUUGUCACCCUCUCCAGAACACUAAGUCUGGAGAAGGGAGGGUGGCUCUGGCCUGUGGAGGGAAGUGUUUCCUGGAUACUGCCUGUGGCUCUGGCCCUCCUUUUUCUUCUUCCUCCUUCUUCCUCCUCCUUCUUCCUUCCUCCUCCUCCUUCUUGUUCUAACAUGAUUUUCAGUUUUUUAAAAAAGGGCAAAAGAACCUGAAUUUAAGAUUUAUAGAAAACAGUGUUUUCUCUGUUUUUUUUUAAAUUAUUUUUAUUAUUUGUCAUGUCUUAUACAUUCUUCCACAUUUGGGGUUACUCCCCUUGCUCCUGAUGCUGCUAGUGCACCGCCAUUUUGCUCCAGCCCUUAGAACAGAGGUUGCAAACUGACGGUUCUGGUUCCGGAUUCCGGUUCCGGGUUGGCACCGGUGGAAGCUCUUGAAUUUUAGCACUUGCAGAGCUCAUUCGCUCCCGAGUCCUUUCCAAGUACUUUCCUACCCUGCCCUUCCAUUCCACCUGUCAAUCAUUGUGCUCCAAUGGCCACAAGAAGUUGUUGGCUUCCACCAGCAGCCCUGGACCACAAGUUGGAGGAGGGGCUUGCUGAGGAGGAGCCUAAGCUUGGAGUUGCAUCCUGCCGAGGGGAGGGGGAGCUGGGGGGGGGGGCUGUGGAGGGAGGGAGCUUCAACUGGUUUCUUCAGUUCUCCCUAUUCUGAGCCAAACAAAUUCCAGCUGCUAAAGUGAUGCCGGUGGCCCUUUAAUGGUGUGGUUUACUCUCGGCCAAGGCCCAGUUGUGCCCUUCAGAACAGACACCUUGUCAGGUACCAGGGCAGAGGGACCUGACUUGAGAAGAAGGAAAGAUGUUGGGAACCCGAUGACUGUGGAUGGUCAGAGCCUGUUUGGAAUAUACUCUGAAAAGUUCUUUCAGGGCACAGUGCACAAUUUCUCUUAAAUCUGGGUCAGUUGAAAGCCAAUAGGAACCAGGGAAGCCACUCCGUGAAGUGGUGCCGUGACCAUAGCUCCUGAGAAGGCUCUGGGGCCAGGAAAGGUCCUGCGGAGGAAAGUCUGCAGGGAGGGUUUUGUGCCAAACCCCUUGUGCGAGUAAGAAGUAGCGCUGGUAGCACAGCCACACCUUAGAUUUGCUUGCAGUCCCAUCUUCAGAUGCCCUGACUCAGACUGUCCAGAGCACUGGUAAGGACAAGCAUAGAGAGGAAGAGAAGUGGGCCGGGAGGCACUGGAGCACCACAGCUAUCAGACUGUUCACACUGGAGUUUUGAAAAAAACAUCGGUACCGUUAAGUUCUAAUGGGGAAUCAGGAAGAGAGUUCACAACAUGGAGCGGUGUUCUGUGCUUUGAUCUGCCAGACGUUCCACACCAUCUUGAAAUCAGAAGUGAAUGCUGGUUUUGCAGCUGGGCACACCUCUCCUCCCCUCCCCGAAGUUUUCCUUCCCAUUCCUUUUCUCCCAACCCAAAGAUCAGACUACUGUUCCGUUUCACCAUAGGAUUGGAAUCUGCCAGGACGGGAGGCAAAGGGAGUGACUGCCCUCGAUGGAAUUGCACUGACGGGGUUUCCUAAACUUUUAAAUAUAAAAUGAAGAUUUUUUUUUUAAAAGUCAGGAGUUUGUAUUAAGCAAGUACUAACUAGGACACUGGUUAGAAUUAUUUCGUUUUUCUUUCUCCACUGUUAAAAGUGCACUUAUAUGCUGGUUAAUUUAAGUCUGGGGGCGGGGGGAAGACUGCAAAUUCAAGGGGCAAUUGUUACUUUUUCGUUUUUGUUUCUUUUGGGUUUUGUUUUUUUAAGGUUAAGGCAGAUUUUAAGACUUAUAAAUGUUUAAAAAAUUAUAAACAAGGUUAGAUCCUUUGGGAAAAAAAAGUUUAGAAGAUAUUCUUAAAGUAAAUUUUUAUAGUGUUAAUUUUGUAAUAAUUUAUGUUUUACUAUAUUACAGAGCUAACUGACCAGAAUAGUUUCAGAAACAAUAUGAAACUUAGGAAAGUUUAAGCAAUGUUUAUAUUUUUAAAAUGUUCUUUGAAUUAUGUUUUUAUUGUACAUUUCUUCAGACUCAAAAGUGUGUACAUAUCUUUGUUAUUUUUGCACAAUUUUUGUCUUGUUCGGUUUUAGAUGUCGUUUUAUAUAUAAAUAUAUAUAUAAAUACAUAAUUUAUUUUGAGUUGUAAAACUUGCAGGAUUAAAAACAAAACAAGUCUCAGCCACAGGAUAAGCCUCUGGUCUGUGAACUCUUCUACUCAAAGAGGGAAAAUAAAGGGUGAGAGGUGAAAUAGCAGCUUGUGAGAAAUGGCGGCUCCUUAGAGACCUAGGGAGCAAGCAGGCUUCAGCAUGGUUUGCGCGGAGCCGAGCCGAACAACCGAAGCUACGAGAGAGAGACUUUCCACUCAAAGCUGCUUACUUCCUUGAGUGACUGCUUUGACCAAAAGGUGAGGACAAUUUCAGAAAACUGAGCAAAAAGGGAAAACCCACGGUAUUUCUUCCUUUACAAGUCAUCCCCGCGUUUACUUUCUGAUGUAUUAAAUGCUUGCAGCUAGGGGGGAGGGGUAUGGAAUGCAAAGAAAAGAUUUCCCUUGGAUUUGUUCUCAUGGAAUUCGAUUGGAUCAACCCCUAAAGCAUCCGGAGAGCGGUACCCUUCGCCUCUUUCUGUUCCCCACACCCCACUCAGCCUUCUGUCUCUGCCCCUUGGCCGCUCACACCCCUGUCCAUCUGGGGAGCUCCUGACACGUCGCCAGCCACAGAGGCUCUGGAUGUUAAAGCAUAAUGCAAUGCAUAGACCUGUCAGCCAUAUAAAAUUAAAAAUCAAAAAAUCGAGUUGGAUAACUUGUAUGCCUUCUUUUGUAUCGUUGUACCAACUGUAAAUAACGCUGAUCAACCUUUGUAGAAAAUAGUUUAUACAGCGUAUUCUAUUAUUGCUGAUUCUCAGUGAACUCUUGUUUAAAAAAAAAGGAAAAAAUGAAAUUUUCUAUUUACACCUUAUAUUUUGUUAUGCUGUCAGCCCAUGGCACCUUAACAGAAUUCUGUGGGUUUUAUGUAGCUGGUCAGUCAUGGGGUAAAUUAAAUAACUAUUGUUGCACAGA